AAGCUGGGCAUUUACCCCCUUAUCAGUCUCUCUCUUCUUCUUCUUCUGAAAACAUGUCUUCCAAGGCGUUUUCAGCUGCCACUGGGAUGCUGAGAAGCAGGAUCAAGUCAUCCAUCCGCACGAGGGGUGGCGGAGGAGAAGGCCCGAGCCGUUGGUCGAGCCCGGGCACGCAGGAGCGGCCCAACGGCUAUCCCUUCAACCGGACCCCACCUCCUCCGGGCCAGUCCAGGAAAUGGGAAGACUGGGAACUUCCUUACUACAUCACGGCCUUCCUCACCGUCGUCAUCCUCGGCGUCGGCCUCAACGCCAAGCCCGAUUUUACCCUCGAGACCUGGGCCCACAAGAAAGCCCUUGAGCGCCUCGAGUCCCAGAACAUCACCCCCGUUCGUGAUAUCGACUGAUCGAACGGCCCCCAUCCGUUCCCGCACGGUCAGUGUCUCCCGUUCUCUUCCUUCUUCUUCUUUUCCUGCUUUUUUCCUUGAAUGGGUUUCAGGCCGUUCGAUUAGAUCUCAUGUGGGUUUUUUGUGAUCCAAUAAAGAUAUAAGACUGUUGAAUUGGGUGACCUUGAAUUCUAAAAUUUCAAAUUUAGGGUUUCUUUUAUGGGUUUGGAGAUACGUCAGAAUACUUAUUUCAGAUUCUCCCUUUUUGUGA